CGGGGCGUGGAGGGAGGGACGGGAGUGGGAAGGCCGCUCCGUCGCCCGGAGGAGGGAAACGGGGAUCAAGAUGGUCUACAUCGCGAACGGACAAGUGUUGGACAGCAGGAGUCAGUCCCCAUGGAGAUUAUCUUUGAUAACAGAUUUCUUCUGGGGAAUAGCUGAGUUCGUGGUUUUGUUUUUCAAAACUCUGCUUCAGCAAGAUGUGAAAAAGGGAAGAGGCUACGGAAACUCAUCUGAUUCCAGAUAUGAUGAUGGAAGAGGGCCCCCAGGAAACCCUCCCAGAAGAAUGGGUCGAAUUAAUCAUCUGCGUGGCCCCAGUCCUCCUCCAAUGGCUGGUGGAUGAGGAAGGUAA